GGCCUUGGGGUGAGGGUCACGCUAUGGAGCUCAGCGGCUUAGUGCAAGCCCUGAGGCUGGAUGGGCCGCAGCCGCCUGUCCCCCCGGCUGAGCAGGUCCUGCUCCAGCUCGGGCAGCUCCUCUCCGGUGGGGCCUCCAAAGCCGGUGCCGUCCGGGACCUGCGUGCGCUGACCGAGGCUGCGGACUGCCGGUGGCUGCUCGGGGGGCUGCGGCCGGGCACGCUGCGGGAGCUGGUGCUGGCGCUGAGCCGGUACGGAGCCCCCCCGGAGCAGGAGCAGGAGGCCGCGGAGCUGCCCUGCACGGACGGGGUGUGUGAGGCCGUGGCUGAGAGAGCAGCGGAGGUCGGGGCCGUGCUCCUGAACCUGCUUGGGAAGCUGGAAGCUGCCAAGACGCAGGAAGCUCUGGGGGAACCCGUGGUGGGCCCGAUCCUGUGCCGUGUGCUGGUACCUGUGUACAUCUUCGUUGCGACGCAUAUCGGGGAGAGGCCCUGGACCAACGGGAGGUCCCGGGCGGUGGCACAGGAGCUGCUGGAGGCGCUGGUUCGGGCCGCAGGGUGCGGGUCCGUGGCUGAGUUCCUGCGGGGGAAGAGCGAGGAUGAGGAAGGAAGGUUUGGAGCAGUGAUGGGGCUCUUGAAACAGGAGUUAACCAAAGACACUUGGAAGCGGAACCCUGCCACAAAGCACGUGUUCUCCUGGACACUACUUCAUGUCACCCGGCCCUGGCUCAGCCAUUACCUGGAGCAGGUCCUGCCACCAGCACUGCUCAUCUCAGACGACUACCGGGAGGAAAAUAAACUCCUGGGUGUGCGCUGCCUGCAUCACAUCAUUCUGAACGUGCCAGGUGCUGAUCUGUGCCAGUUCAACAGGGCGCAGGUUGUGUACCAUGCCCUUUACAACCACCUCUAUUCACGAGAGGCCCCUCUCAUCCAGGCAGUACUGCUGUGCCUGCUGGACUUGCUGCCAGUCCUGGAGAGAGCCCAGCGGCAUCAGAAGCAGGGCAGACCAACCACUCACUGCGAUGAGGUGCUGCAGCUGGUGCUGACCCACAUGGAGGCAGAGCAUCGCCUUGCACUGCGGCGGGUCUACGCCAGGGCCCUGCCUGCCUUUGUGCAGAGCCUUGGCAUCCUGAUAGCACUGCACCUGAAGAGGCUGGAGCGAGUUAUCCUGGGGUAUCUGGAAGUCUCUGAUGGCCCUGAGGAAGAAGCCCGAUUGGGAAUACUGGAGACACUGCAGUGCACCAUAGAGUACGCUUGGCCCAGAAUGCCAUGCAGACUCCCUGUGCUCCUGAAAGCCCUGCUGAAGAUGCUCUGGGAUGUGCACACUGACCAGGGUUCAACACCAGAGCCAGUAAAAGCUGCCUUGCUCCAAGGGGCCACUGAAUGCCUCAUCCUGCUGGAUCGCUGUUCUGAAGGGCAAGUGAAGGUCCUGCUGGAAGGUGUCUACAGCAGCUGUGAGGAGAACCGCGUGCGGGAAUGCAUCAGACAAGUGCGAGAGAACACGUGAGGUGGUGCUUCCCUUCCACACCAAGGACCGUGUCCCUCCCUGCAGGCAUGCAGGCAGUUGGAGGUGCUGAUCCUUACCGUAUCCUGCUUCAGCCUUUCCAGUAAUUCCUUCUCAAUGGCAUUAUCCAGCUGAGCAGCAACCAGAGCUUUCUCCUAAUGGAGCAGAGAGGAGCUGUGUCAGUUGUCUGAUGUAUGGAACAAAAGCUAUAGACAUGAGAUGAUGGAAAAGUGGCUUUACCUCUCUUCUCUUCUCCCGUCUCUCAAUCUUCCUGCGUAGAGGAACAAGUUUCCUCCUACAGGGAACAUCAAGUGCUAGUUAGUGCAUAUGUCCACCUCUUUUAUAGUAGAUGAGUAAACGCUCAUUAAGGCCAACAACCAGCAUUUACAUCAUUAGAAGUGUGUCUGUAGCUAGGUUAAAUGGACUUGGACUACACUGCAGUUAAAUCCACUUUGGCCAGGUCCCUGUAUGAGCUUGGCAAAGCCUCAGAACAGCCAAGUGCAGUGGGGAGAGACAGAGACCCAGGGGACAGGCAGCAGCUCCAUACAUCACACCAUGAUCACCCUUAGCCCUGUCACUUACUGUCGCUUGAGUGUCAGCUUCCUGAUGCGGAUGAGGUACUGGGUGAUCUUGGUGAAGCGCUGCUUGCACUUGUGUCGGAUGAACCGUGGCCAAUAGAUGAGGUUCUCAUCGAUCUCCUCCAGUGCUUUCUCAUAGUUCUUGUUGAGCAGGACCUGGCGUGGGGAAUGGGAAAGAGUUGGGCUAUGGAGGGGCAAGGAUGUGGGGAUGUAUCUGGCCCAUUGCCCCCUGCCUUCAGCUGCCUCUUGGUACACAGCCCAUUCCCUUUAACUCACCUUCUCCCAUAGGCGACGAGGAAAAGGUGCCCGCUCUAUUGUCUUCAUGUACAGGUAACAUCGACCUGGAGAAGAGAGCAAUGUGAUGCUGGUAGAGACAUGAUGCAGCCCAGACAGGAGAAGUGUGCUGGGGGCCAGGGUGCCCUGGGGCAGACAGUAUUGCCCUCCUCACCUUUCUCCUCUCUGAUGGUGGCAUACUGACUGUUGGCCAGCGGGCAGGAGGAGCGGUUGCACAGCCCCGUCAGGUUGUACUCAUUGCGGCAGAAGUUCUGGGUCUUUGUCCUGCAAAGAUGAGGGGAGAAUG